AUGAGUUCGGACGCUGAGAUGGCCAUUUCUGGGGAGGCUGCUCCUUACCUCCGAAUGCCUGAAAAGCAGCACACGGAGGCCCAGAAUAGGCCUUUUGAUGCCAAGAACACAAACUACGUGGUAGACCCUAAGGAGUCCUAUGUGAAAGCAACCCUGCAGAGUACAGAAGGAGGGAAGGUGACAGCCAAGACCGAAGCUGGGGAUAUAGUAACUGUAACAGAAGACGAAGUCUUCCCCAUGAACCCUCCCAAAUUUGACAAGAUCGAGGACAUGGUCAUGAUGACCCACCUGCACAAGCCAGCAGUGCUGUACAACCUCAAAGAGCGUUAUGCAGCCUGGAUGAUCUACUCCUACUCAGGCCUCUUCUGUGUCACCGUCAACCCCUACAAGUGGCUGCCAGUGUACAACCCAGAGGUGGUGGUUGCCUACAGAGGCAAAAAGCGCCAGGAGGCCCCACCCCACAUCUUCUCCAUGUCAGACAAUGCCAUUAGUUUCUUUCUUCUAGAUGGAGAGAAUCAGUCUAUCUUAAUCACCGGAGAAUCCGGGGCUGGGAAGACAGUGAACACGAAGCGUGUGAUCCAGUACUUUGCAACAACUGCAGUCACUGGGGAGAAGAGGAAGGAGGAACCUACUCCUGGCAAAAGGCAGGGGAGUCUGGAAGAUCAAAUCAUGAAUGCCAACCCCCCGCUGGAGGCCUGUGGCAACGCCAAGACCGUGAAGAAUGACAACUCCUCUCGCUUUGGUAAAUUCAUCAGGAUCCACUUCCUUAGCACGGGGAGGCUGGCUUCUGCUGAUAUUGAAACAUAUCUUCUGGAGAAGUCUAGAGUCACUUUCCAGCUAAAGGCAGAAAGAAGCUACCAUAUAUUUUAUCAGCUCAGGUCUAACAAGAAGCCAGAACUAGUUGAAAUGCUCAUGAUCACCACCAACCCACAUGACUAUGCCUUCGUCAGUCAAGGGGAGAUCAAAGUCACUAGCAUUAAUGACGCAGAAGAGCUGUUGGCCACAGACAGCACCAUUGACAUCGUGGGCUUCUCUUCUGAGGAAAAAGUGUCCAUCUUCAAGCUCACGGGGGCAGUAACGCAUUAUGGGAACAUGAAAUUCAAGCAAAAGCAGCGUGAGGAGCAAGCAGAGCCAGAUGGCACUGAAGUUGCUGAAAAGGCUGCCUCUCUCCAGGGUCUGAACUCUGCUGACCUGCUCCAAGCCCUCUGCUACCCCAAGGUCAAGGUCGGCAAUGAGUAUGUCACCAAAGGCCAGAGUGUGCAGCAGGUGUACAAUGCAGUGGGAGCCCUGGCCAAAGCCGUCUACGAGAAGAUGUUCCUGUGGAUGGUCACCCGCAUCAACCAGCAGCUGGACACCAAGCAGCCCAGGCAGUUCUUCAUCGGGGUCUUGGACAUCGCUGGCUUUGAGAUCUUUCAUUUCAACAGCCUGGAGCAGCUGUGCAUCAACUUCACCAACGAGAAACUGCAACAGUUUUUCAACCACCACGUAUUCGUGCUGGAGCAGGAGGAGUACAAGAAGGAGGGCAUCGAGUGGACGUUCAUCGACGUUGGGAAGGACAUGGAUGCCUGCGCUGACAUCCUCGAGAAGCCUAUGGGCAUCUUCUCCAUCCUGGAAGAGGAGUGCAUGUUCCCCAAGGCCACAGACACCUCCUUCAAGAACAAGCUGUAUGAACAGCAUCUUGGAAAGUCUCCCUGCUUCCUGAAGCCCAAGGCGGUUAAAGGCAGGGCUGAGGCCCACUCCUCCCUGGUGCACUACGCCGGCACCGCGAACUGCAACAUCACUGGCUGGCUGCACAAGAACAGGGACCCCCUGAACGAGUCGGUGGUCGGGCUGUACCAGAAUUCCACAGUGAAGAUUCUGGCUUUCUUUUUCUCUGAGCAAACAUCUGAAGCAGAGGGUGGCGGUGCAAAGAAAGGAGGCAAGAAGAAGGGUUCUUCUUUCCAGACCGUGUCAGCUGUCUUCAGGGAGAAUGUGGGUAAGCUGAUGACUGGCCAGAGGAGCACUCACCCCCACUUCGUACGGUGCAUCGUCCCCAGUGUAACCAAAACCCCUGGGUUCAUGGAUGAUGAGCUUGUCCUGCACCAGCUGAGGUGUAACGGUGCGCUGGUGGGCAGCCGCGUCCGCAGUAAGGGGCUCCCAAGCAGAAGCCUGCAUGCAGACUUCAUAUACAGAUACAAGAUAUUAAAUGCAAGUGCAAUCCCUGAAGGACAAUUCACUGACGGCAAGGAUGCUUCUGAGAAGCUCCUUGGGUCCCUCGACAUUGACCACACCAAGUACAAAUGUGGUCUAACCAAGGUCUUUUUCAAAGCUGGCUUUCUGGGGGUACUAGAGGAGAUGCGAGAGAACAAGGUGGCCCAGCUGGUUAUUCAAACCCAGGUCAGGUGCAGAGGGUUCUUGGCAAGAGUGGAGUACCAGAAGAUGGAGGAGCAGAGAGAGUCCAUCUUCUGUAUCCAGUACAAUAUUCGUGUUUUCAUGAAUGUGAAAGACUGGCCCUGGAUGAAGCUGUAUUUCAAAAUCAAGGUCCUCCUCAAGAGUGCAAAGACAGAGGAGACACCCACCCCGAAAGGUGAUGAGGAGACCACAGAAAAGCUGGAUCAGUCAAGCGCAAAACUGAAAGAACUUGAAGAGAAAAUUGAAAUUCUGAUGCAAGAGAAAAAUGACCUGCAGCUCCAGGUUCAAUCUGAAGCAGAUAGAUUGGCUGAUGCAGAAGAUAGAUGUAACCAGCUGAUCAAAACCGAAAUCCAGCUCGAGGCAAAGAUCAAGAAAGUGACGAGAGCUGAGAAUGAGGAACAGAUCCACGCUGAGCUGACGGCCAGGAAGAGGAAACUGGAGGACGAAUGUUCAGAACUGAAGAAAGACAUAGAUGACCUUCAGGUGACACUGGUCAAGGUUGAGAAGGAGAAACAUGCCACAGAGAACAAGGUGAAAAGCCUCACAGAAGAGAUGGCAGGCCUGGACGAAGUCAUAGCUAAGCUGACCAGGGAAAAGAAGGCCCUCCAGGAGGCCCACCAGCAGACCCUGGAUGACCUGCAGGCAGAAGAGGACAAAGUGAACACCCUGAACAAAGCUAAAGCCAAGCUAGAGCAGCAAGUGGAUGACCUUGAAGGAUCUCUGGAACAAGAAAAGAAACUGCGCAUGGACUUACAGAGAGCCAAGGGGAAGCUGGAGGGUGACCUAAAAUUGGCCCAAGAAUCCACAAUGGAUAUAGAAAAUGAUAAGCAGCAACUUGAUGAAAAACUCAAAAAGAAAGAGUUUGAAAUGAGCCGUCUGCAAAGCAAGAUUGAAGAUGAACAAGCACUUGGCAUUCAAUUGCAGAAGAAGAUCAAGGAGUUACAGGUCCGCAUCGAGGAACUGGAGGAGGAGAUCGAGGCAGAGCGGGCCUCCCGCGCCAAAGCAGAGAAGCAGCGUUCGGACCUCUCCCGGAAGCUGGAGGAGAUCAGCGAGUGGCUGGAAGAGGCCGGCGGGGCCACUUCGGUCCAGAUUGAGUUGAACAAGAAGCGGGAGGCCGAGCUCCAGAAAAUGCUCAGGGACCUGGAGGAGGCCACCCUGCAGCACGAGGCCACGGCGGCCAUGCUGAGGAAGAAGCACGCGGACAGUGUGGCCAAGCUGGGGGAGCAGAUUGACAACCUGCAGAGGGUCAAGCAGAAGCUGGAGAAGGAGAAGAGUGAGCUGAAGAUGGAGACUGAUGACCUUGCUAGCAACAUGCAGACUGUCUCCAAAGCCAAGGGAAACCUUGAAAAGAUGUGCCGCGCUCUAGAAGACCAAGUGAGUGAACUUAAGGCAAAGGAGGAAGAGCAGCAGCGGCUGAUCAAUGACCUGACGGCUCAGAGAGCACGCCUGCAGACGGAGUCAGGUGAAUACUUACGCCAGCUAGUUGAAAAGGACUCAUUAGUUUCUCAGCUCUCGAGGGGCAAACAAGCAUUCACACAACAGACAGAAGAACUGAAAAGGCAGCUUGAAGAGGAGAUAAAGGCCAAGAACGCCCUGGCCCACACCCUGCAGUCCUCCCGCCACGACUGUGACCUGCUGCGGGAACAGUAUGAGGAGGAGCAGGAAGCCACGGCUGAGCUGCAGAGGAAGAAGCUGGCCCAGCGUCUGAAAGAUGCCGAGGAACACGUAGAAGCUGUGAAUGCCAAAUGCGCUUCCCUUGAGAAGACCAAGCAGUGGCUCCAGAAUGAGGUCGAGGACCUCAUGAUUGAUGUGGAGAGGACAAAUGCCGCCUGUGCAGCCCUGGACAAAAAGCAAAGGAACUUCGAUAAGCUCCUAUCAGAAUGGAAACAGAAGUAUGAAGAAAUUCAUGCUGAACUUGAAGCUUCCCAGAAGGAGUCCCGCGCCUUCAGCACAGAGCUGUUGUUCACGGUUAAGAAUGCUUAUGAGGAAUCCUUAGACCAACUUGAAACCUUGAAGCGGGAAAACAAGAAUUUGCAACCUGACCUCACUGAGCAGACUGCAGAAGGAGGGAAACGUAUAAAUGAACUGGAGAAAAUAAAGAAACAAGUGGAACAAGAAAAGUCUGAAAUUCAGGCUGCUUUAGAAGAGGCAGAGGCAUCUCUUGAACACGAGGAGGGAAAGAUCCUGCGCAUCCAGCUGGAGUUGAACCAAGUCAAGUCUGAAGUUGACAGGAAAAUCGCUGAAAAGGAUGAGGAAAUUGACCAGCUGAAGAGGAACCACAUUAGAGUCGUGGAGACCAUGCAGAGCACACUGGAUGCUGAGAUCCGGAGCAGGAAUGAUGCCAUCAGGCUCAAGAAGAAGAUGGAGGGAGACCUCAACGAAAUGGAAAUCCAGCUGAACCACACCAACCGCACGGCUGCUGAGGCCCUGAAGAACUACAGGAACACCCAAGCCAUCCUCAAGGAUACCCAGCUCCACCUGGAUGAUGCUCUCCGGGGCCAAGAGGACCUGAAGGAGCAGCUGGCGAUCGUGGAGCGCAGAGCCAACCUGCUGCAGGCCGAGAUCGAGGAGCUGCGGGCCACCCUGGAGCAGACGGAGAGGAGCAGGAAGAUGGCAGAGCAGGAGCUCCUGGACGCCAGCGAGCGCGUCCAGCUCCUGCACACCCAGAACACCAGCCUGAUCAACACGAAAAAGAAGCUGGAGACAGACAUCUCCCAAAUCCAGGGAGAGAUGGAGGACAUUAUCCAGGAAGCUCACAACGCAGAAGAGAAGGCCGAGAAGGCCAUCACUGACGCGGCCAUGAUGGCCGAGGAGCUGAAGAAGGAGCAGGACACCAGCGCCCACCUGGAGCGGAUGAAGAAGAACCUGGAGCAGACGGUGAAGGACCUGCAGCGCCGCCUGGACGAGGCUGAGCAGCUGGCCCUGAAGGGCGGCAAGAAGCACAUCCAGAAGCUGGAGGCCAGGGUGAGGGAGCUUGAAAAUGAGGUUGAAAAUGAACAGAAGCGCAAUGUUGAGGUUGUCAAGGGUCUUCGGAAACAUGAGAGAAGAGUGAAGGAACUUACUUACUAGACUGAGGAGGACCGCAAGAAUGUCCUCAGGCUACAGGACUUGGUGAACAAAUUACAAACCAAAGUUAAAGCUUAUAAGAGACAAGCUGAAGAGGCUGAGGAACAAGCCAAUGUCAACCUUGCCAAAUUCCACAAGAUCCAGCACGAGCUGGAAGAGGCCGAGGAACGGGCUGACAUUGCCGAGUCGCAGGUCAACAAGCGGCGGGUGAAGAGCUGGGAGGUUCACACAGAGGUCAUAGGUGAAGAAUAAUUCAUCCAAAUGCUG